AUGGGCUCCAAAAGGAAACAAAAAGAGAAGCAAAAGGACUUCAAAAAGGCAAAGUUGAAGGUUGGGAAAACAGCACAAAAGGCAGACAACUAUACGGACACAUCUUUCAAGUCAAAGACGAUAUCUUUACCUGGUCAAUCAAUCACCCAUGCCCACUCAUCCAAAGAUUUACAACACCAAUUGUCUUUGACAAAGCACCAUUCCUCAACAGCCAGAAAAGAAGUGGUAAUCAGCUUGACCCAAAACUUACCGUCAAAUCCCUCGAGCUAUAAACAAAUUAUAACUAGUGUUACGCCAUUGAUGUUAGACGAAUCCAAACAGGUACGGUUGGAAGUGUUGAAGCUUUUGCAAGAAUGCGGCAAAAAGCAACCAGGGCUCUUGGAUUUGCAUAAGCGUACAAUCAUUCUAUUCACAAUAUCGGCAAUGACUCAUAUACUGCCAGAUAUUAGAAACACUAGCACCAAAUUUCUUGAUGUAGUGAUUGAGUAUGCUGAUGUCAAGCUGUACUUUGUCAAGAUUUUGAAGAACAUAUUUAUAUUAAUGGGGUGGUCUCUACAGAAUGACUCGAAAUCGAAAAGUGUGUCAAUCACUUCGAGCUCUUCCAUUCUACUUGGGACAAACACAAAGAAAGCACGCAUUGACCACUUGAGUGUGUUGGCCAACUUCUUACAAUCUACGUUGUUUGAGCAAAAUGAAAAAGCUGUCUCUGAGAAUAGUCCUGAUGCAAUAGCAACCCACACCCAGUCCUAUAAGUAUUUGAUACCCACUAUACCGCAAGCUUAUGCACCAUUGAAAUUAUUUGUUAAUGAAAUGAACGUGGGAGAUGGAAAUUUUGAAGAUUUGCAAAACUUGGAUACAUUGACAACUGAAGAUUUAUCAACACGGGUGAAUGCCAUGAAUAGCUUCUUUAAAGAAAAGUUGAUGCACAACUUGUCAAGUUUAGUGAAGGAAGGUGGGGAAGUUGGCCGCGAAUCAACUCGAUCGACGGCACUUUUGCGUCAACCUCAAUUCCACACAAGCGCUACACUCCUAGCUUCAUCGAAGAAGAACAGCAAAUCGAAAAGGGCUCAAAAGCAGCAAAAGAUUCAAAUUCAAGACGACAAGAUUCAAGCUGAGGCAGAAGAGGAAGUAGUGACACCUACAAUAGACUUUAAAGAUGCAACAGCCAGGUUUGAAUCCAUCAUAUCGAGGUUUGACAAAUUAGCAAAUGAGAUCAAGUUGGGGAAAUUGAAUCCCAAAAUAUUUGAUAACUUGCUUGUGAAUGUGGGUAACCAGAAGGAAGUUGUUGAAGUGCCCUUUAACACAAUUGCGCAAACUUCAGUCAAGGGAAGAAACUUCAUCAUCACCAUGUUUGACCCACUGAAUGCGCAGGCUAUAAUCAACACAAUAAUUGGAUCUGGAUUGAAUAUGAGCGGAAUCGUUGAUCCAGCAAACAAGUUCAACAUCAAAGUUCCCUUACCUCCAAUUACAUUAGAAACCAAACAAAAUGACGUCAAGUUGUUGAAGGAGUUGUUUGACAAGUUGCGAAAUAACAAAACUGGCUCAUUGACAUCCGUUAGAGGUGAUGUGAGACACAAGUUCCAAUCACAUUUGAAGACUCACAAAUUGUCGGAUUUGGAGAAUAAGCAGUUGACUCAGUUGGAGAAAUUACACAAGUUGUACGUUGAUAAACUACAAGAGUCAUUUAAACAGUAUGAAAAGCGUAUCUUGCAAUAG